UCCUUUCAUACUUCCUCCCCUCCCCUCCAAAGUCCAAACUGGCACGCCCCCAAUUCUCUAACUCCUCCUCUUUUCUCUCUCUCUAGAACUCGCUCCUUUUUUCUCUAUCAAAAACUCACUGAGUCAGAAAUCAUGAUGCACAUGACUUUCUAUUGGGGCCGGGAGGUGACGAUCCUGGUUAACUCAUGGCACACAAAGACAUGGCUCGGUUACUCUCUCUCUCUACUCGCUUGUCUCCUCGCUUCCAUCUUCUACCAGUACCUGGAGAACCUCCGCAUGCGACUCAAACUCAUCUCCUCCGGAUCUGUGAAAGCGAAACCAUCACCAUCGGCUACGAUCGCUGAGCCGCUGCUUCAAACGAUGGGUGGUGGAGGAAAAGUGAGGUGGUCUGCCGCGAGAGUGGGAGGAGCUGUGCUUUUUGGGAUAAAUUCAGGGAUUGGGUAUCUGUUGAUGUUAGUCGUCAUGUCGUUUAACGGAGGGGUGUUUUUGGCUGUUGUCUUGGGGUUGGCAAUUGGGUAUUUGUUAUUUAGAAGUGAAGAUGAGAAUUCGAUGCUUCUUGAUAAUCCCUGUGCUUGUGCUUAGACAAGAAAAAAAAUUGCUGUAUAUUUUGUUAAAAAAGAAGAAGAAAGUUUCUACUCUUGAUUGCAGUAA